AUGGGGCCCCCGGGCAAUAGGGGAUCAUCGGGCCCCUGUGUCCUUGCCCACACUCAAAAAAGCCUAUACAAAAGAAGGAACCUCUCUGCAAAAGCACACAUCCUACCGGUCAGUAAUAUACACCACACCAGCCCCUUAACAAGUGUAGCUGUGUUGCAAGGCAAGGGUAAUAACCAGGGGCGGACUAACAACUCAUGGGGCCCCCGGGCAAUAGGGGAUCAUGGGGGCCCCUGUGUCCUUGCACAAACUCAAAAAAGCCUAUGAAAAAGGUACCAGGGGCAUCUCAUGGGGCCCCCUACUAACCCCGGGCCCUUCGGGCAGUGCCCGAGUUUCCAAAAAAGUCAGUCCGCCCCUG